AAAAAAGAGGAAAAAAUUUUAAGUUUUUUCAUUAAUUGCAUAAAAAGUAGAAAUUAUUUCGGUUUUGGGAAAAAUGGUAUCAUUUUUAAAAGUAUGGUUAAGUUUAGCGUUGCUAUUUUGCUAUUGUUAUUCAUUGGGCAAUGGCGCGUAUAAACUACAAGAGCGCUAUAACUGGAAUCAAUUGGACUUUGCCUUUCCGAAUCAACGUUUAAAAGAACAGGCUAUGGCCAAUGGUGAUUAUGUACCUCAGAAUGGUUUGCCCGUUGGCGUUGAGCACUGGGGUAAUCGUCUAUUUGUUACGGUGCCAAGAUGGCGAGACGGUAUACCGGCUACGUUAACAUAUAUUAACAUGGAUCAUAGCGUAACCGGCUCACCUGAAUUGAUACCCUAUCCCGAUUGGCGCGCAAACACAGCUGGUGACUGCGCGAAUAGCAUUACUACAGCUUAUCGUAUUAAAGCCGAUGAAUGCGGUCGUUUAUGGGUUUUAGAUACAGGCACUGUAGGCAUUGGAAAUACGACUACCAAUCCAUGCCCAUAUGCGGUAAAUGUAUUCGAUUUAACGACUGAUACUCGCAUCAGACGAUACGAAUUACGUUCCGAGGACACGAAUGCCAAUACAUUCAUUGCCAAUAUUGCUGUCGAUAUUGGUAAAAAUUGCGAUGAUGCUUUUGCUUAUUUCUCCGAUGAGUUGGGUUAUGGCUUGAUUGUCUAUUCAUGGGAGCAGAAUAAAUCUUGGCGCUUCUCGGGACACUCAUAUUUCUUCCCAGAUCCAUUGCGUGGCGAUUUCAAUGUGGCCGGGCUCAAUUUUCAAUGGGGUGAAGAGGGCAUUUUUGGCAUGGCCCUUACACCGCCUAAAUCUGAUGGUUACCGCACUCUAUACUUCAGCCCGUUAGCUAGUCAUCGUCAAUUUGCCGUUUCUACGCGUAUAUUGCGCGAUGAAUCCCGAGUCGAGGAUAGUUACCAUGAUUUUGUCGCAUUAGACGAGCGCGGUCCUAAUGCUCACACCACUUCGCGUGUAAUAAGCGAAGAAGGCGUCGAGUUAUUUAAUUUAAUUGAUCAAAAUGCUGUCGGUUGCUGGCAUUCAUCUAUGCCCUAUUCGCCGCAAUUUCAUGGUAUUGUCGAUCGUGAUGAUGUUGGCUUAGUCUUUCCGUCUGAUGUAAAAAUUGAUGAGAAUAACAAUGUUUGGGUGCUGUCGGAUCGCAUGCCCGUAUUUUUACUUUCCGAAUUGGAUUAUGACGACAUCAAUUUCCGUAUUUACACUGCUCCAUUAAAUACACUUAUAGAGGGCACUGUCUGCGAUCAACGCAGUGUUGUCUUUGGUCCUCCUAACACUGUAGCACUGCAGAAGCCUGUUGCUCCAUACAGUCGGCAGUAUUUGCCACCCAUUAGUCAUGCUCCGGGCAAUAUUCAUUUGCCCGUUGUUCCUCAUCAUCAACAAACUUUUGUGACUCGAUAUACAUCGAAUAAUAUUAAUACGCCAAAAAAUUUUGUCUUACAACAACAAAAUGCUUUGGGUCUAGAAAGUGCUGGCGGUCCCCAUCUUUUCCCUCCAAUUGUAACGCAGCCACCCGAUGGCUUGAAAAAUUAUGCUACUAUACGUAAUAGCGGUUGGUGGCGUCAAUCGCAACAACAGCAGCAUCAUUAGAUAAUCAUAGCUUAAUGUGAACAAAUUUUGUAUUAUCUCAAAAACGUUAUAGGGCAAAUAGUUGUAAUACUUUACGACAUUCAUUAAAAUUUUGUAUGAAUCUCUUUCAAGGCAUUACACUUAUUAUUAUUAUUAUUAUUAUUGUCAUAUUCCACUGCAGAGAUUUGUUGCGUUAAGCUUAACACUUGCAUGUAUUUACAAAAUCAUACACUUUUCCGAUUAUCACAAACACUUUAGUAAAUUAUACUCGAA